AUGCUCUGCAGCUUCUCAGCCACAGACAGCAGCAGCUGUCCCACACAGACGCCCUCGGGCAAACUGCCCUGCGGGGAGGCCGUGCGUGGCCGGGCAGCCUCCAGGGGCGCGGGGCCGGGCGGGGCCCGCGUGGCGUCCAUCAGUCGCCGCUCCCCCUUCAAGCCGGGCGCUCGGCCGGCCCUGGACCAGGGGGCACGAGCCGGACCUGCGUUUGGCGGCCGCAGCUCGGGCCGGCGCCUCGCCCAGGCCCUCUCUUCCCUAAGCCCGCGGCUCCUGCUGCCAGCGGCCGCCCGGAGCUGCCCCUCCCGGCGCCUGGCCGGCCGCUUCGUGUGUGCUCGCUUCUUGGCUUGCUCGGCGAGAAAAUCGCAGCCCCCUCGGGGCUGGUCACCCCACGGCCGGCGGGGCCCGAGGGCAGCAGUGAGGUGCUUACCGCUGUCUGCAGAGGACGCCUUUGACGGGUUACUCAGGCUGGCUCCGGAGAGCGUGGGCGCCCUGAGAGCGGCCAUUAUCGACUUCGUGAACCGGAAGCUGGACCGCCUGGGCCUGUCCGUGCAGGAUCUAGAGACCCAGUUUGCAGACGGCGUGAUCCUGCUCCUGCUCAUCGGGCAGCUGGAGGGCUUCUUCCUGCACCUGAAGGAGUUCCACCUGGUGCCCAGCUCCGCCGCCGAGAGGGUGAGCGCCCAGCGCGGGGCCGCCUUCUCGCUGAGAUGCGGCGAGGCCUGCGGCCACGCUCUUUCCGGCGCUGUCGCCCUGCCCGAGAUGCCCUCGUCCCCCAUCCCGGGGGCUUAUCACGGGCGGGUGGGGCCCCCCGGGGCCCAGAGUGCCCAGCCCCGGCCUCCGCGGGAGGCGGAAGCCAGCCGCGUCGCAGCCCCGGAGCUCGCCUGCCGGCCCCUCGCGGGGGACAGCGGGCAGGGCUUCCGCCCAGCGGGCUCAGAGCUGUCUCGGGACGGAGACGGGGGUCCCCGCUGGUCUCACCUCCGAGUGGGCGUGGGUGGGCGUGCUGGCCGGGGUGGCGUCCGUGGGUCCCGGCGGGAGGAGACGGACCCAGAGCAGCGAGCUCGAAGAUUCUAG